UAAUGAAACUGUCCCAUGUUCUUUCUAAAGAGAUGGAGCCUAAGACUGUGCAGAAGGAGACCUUCCAGAUGGGAGAAAGUGACAGAGUGCCAGUCUCAGGGGAAGAAGGAGAGGCAAUACAAGGCACCAGGACACCUGCUCAGCUUCAGAAACGUCCUUUAAGGUCAGCUACUUUGGAAAAAGCCGAAACUGCUGGUUAUCAGGGGCUGAGCAAGAACUAUAUCUUAGGAACUGCAGCAGCCUUGGCUGUGCUCCUGCUUGCCAUAAUGGUCUGUGCCACAGUCAUGUCACGGCUGAGAGGGAGAGACACAGAUAAAAGCAAAGCAGAGUCAGGAGAAGGAGCAGGAAGGGGCGAGAGAGAACAAGCAAACACAAAGUUCAACAACAGCUGCCGCCUGUCACCAGGGAUCUUUGCGGCAGAGCUCGCCCAGCUAUACAGGAACAUGGGCACAGACCCCGCACCUCUGCCCGCUUGUCCCAGCUGCUCUCUGGCUGACAGGGCCUCUUCACGGGAGAACUGGGUUUCCCUGGACUCACUCCAGCCUACACCGUCUUGGUGUCCCUGCUACCAGUACCAGCAGGGGUACUUUACUUCAGAAGAUAGUGUUUUGUUUAAUGGAUAAUGUAUAAACAAAUAUAUUGUUGAAAGACAAUGA